AUGUUAUGGAAAGAACCAAAGGAGUUCAAAGAAAUUGUGACAGAGACCUUUGAAUUAAGCGGAGCUAUAGAGUUUGUGCCAGUAUUGAAACCGUUUGGAUUAAAUAAUAUUGAGAAGAGGUUGGCUAUAUUGCAUAAAAAGAGGGACAAAUUCUUGCAACGCUUGAUUGAAGAUCAUAGUAAAGUAAAGGAUGAGUCAACUUCUGAUCAAGGAUGUCCUAAUGCGUUCACGAAAUGGAGAGGGAGUUGGGCCCCCCAAAAUGACAUCGCAAUAAUUGCUGUUGAAACAAGAGGUAAGUGGUUGCUCGGAUGGGUGUCGUCUGCUAGAUUGGACGUACUGCCAAUGACCGGAUCGGGAGGCUACUCGCUAGAUCGAACGACCGUUGCUAAAUCGAGUAGCUGCUUGUUCUUCUUGGAUGGAAUCCGAUUACUAAUCCGGAUCAAGUGGUUGUUGCUACGCGGUGGCUUUUAUUGCAUGGAUGACGUCGGAUGGUUGUUGGCACGAUCCGUGAUGGCCGCUGCUGCGUGGACGAGUGUCGGAUCGCUAUCGGCAUGA